CUGGGAUCCGAGCUGGACAAGAUCUUGGAUGAGCAUUACAAUGUGAAAUUCUGUGUUGAUGCCAGCCAGCCAGAUGUAGGAAAUUGGCUAAAGUAUAUCAAAUUUGCUGGAUGCUACUAUCAGCCUAAUCUUGUUGCAUGUCAGAUCAGUGAUCAGAUAUACUACAGAGUAGUAAGAAACAUUGAAGCUGGAGAAGAACUCCUUCUGUUCAUGAAGACCGACAAUUAUUUACAUGAAGAGAUGGCUCCUGACAUUCAUGAGGAGCGUCAGUAUAGGUGUGAAGAUUGUGACCAGCUGUUUGAGUCCAAAGCAGAACUGGUAGACCAUCAGAAAUUCCCCUGCAGCACUCACCACUCAGCAUUUUCAAUGGUGGAUGAAGAAUUUCAGCCAAAACUUGACAAGGAGAAUGAUCUCCAUGAUAUGCAUGACAUCCAGGAAUGCAAAGAGUGCGACCAAGUAUUCUCUGAUGUGCAAAGCUUGGAAAAGCACAUGCUGUCCCACACAGAAGAACGGGAAUAUAAGUGUGAUCAAUGUUCCAAGGCCUUUAACUGGAAAUCAAACUUGAUACGUCACCAGAUGUCCCAUGAUAGCGGGAAGCACUACGAAUGUGAAAACUGCGCCAAGCAGGUUUUCACAGACCCCAGCAACCUCCAGAGGCACAUUCGUUCGCAGCAUGUUGGGGCUCGUGCGCAUGCUUGUCCAGAGUGCGGUAAAACAUUUGCCACUUCUUCAGGCCUCAAACAGCACAAACAUAUCCACAGCAGUGUCAAGCCUUUUAUAUGUGAGGUCUGCCAUAAAUCCUAUACUCAGUUUUCAAACCUUUGCCGUCAUAAGCGUAUGCAUGCUGAUUGCAGAACCCAAAUCAAGUGCAAAGACUGUGGACAAAUGUUCAGCACUACGUCUUCCUUAAAUAAGCACAGGAGAUUUUGUGAGGGCAAGAACCAUUUUGCUGCAGGAGGAUUUUUUGGCCAAGGCAUAUCACUUCCUGGAACCCCAGCUAUGGAUAAAACGUCCAUGGUUAAUAUGACUCAUGCAAAUCCAGGCCUUUCUGACUAUUUUGGCGCCAAUAGACAUCCUGCUGGUCUUACCUUUCCAACAGCUCCUGGAUUUUCUUUUAGCUUCCCUGGCCUGUUUCCUUCAGGCUUGUAUCACAGGCCACCUUUGAUACCUGCUAGUUCUCCCGUUAAAGGACUUCCAAGCACAGAUCAAACAAUCAAAAAUCAAAGUCCCCUCAUGACACAUCCUCAGACAUUGCCAGCUACCCAGGAGAUUCUGAAGGCACUAAAUAAGCACCCAUCUAACCUAAGUGAAAAUAAGCCACUGGAGCUUCAACCAGAGAGGUCCUCCGAAGAGAGGCCACAUGAAAAGAUCAGUGACCAGUCAGAGAGUAGUGACCUUGAUGAUGUCAGUACCCCCAGUGGGAGUGACCUGGAGACCACCUCUGGCUCUGAUCUCGAAAGUGACCUUGAAAGCGAUAAAGAGAAAUGUAAAGAAAAUGGUAAAGUGUUCAAAGACAAAGUAAACUCUCUGCAGAAUUUGGCUUCCGUAAAUAAUAAGAAAGAAUACAGCAAUCAUUCCACCUUCUCACCAUCUUUAGAGGAACAAACUGCGGUGUCAGGAGCUGUGAAUGAUUCUAUAAAAGCCAUUGCUUCUAUUGCUGAAAAAUACUUUGGUUCGACAGGACUUGUGGGGCUGCAGGACAAAAAAGUCGGAGCCUUACCUUACCCUUCCAUGUUUCCCCUCCCAUUUUUUCCAGCAUUCUCUCAGUCAAUGUAUCCAUUUCCUGAUAGAGACUUGAGAUCGUUACCUUUGAAAAUGGAACCUCAAUCUCCAGGAGAAGGGAAGAAGACUUUAAAGGGAAACUCCGAAUCUCCCUUUGACCUUACUACUAAACGUAAGGAGGAGAAACCACUUACUCCUGUAACUUCAAAAACAUCAGUUCCAUCAGUGGCCAGCCAGGACCAACCUCUAGACUUGAGCAUGGGCACCAGAAGUCGAGCCACUGGCACAAAACAGACUGAGCCUCGGAAGAACCACAUCUUUGGGGGAAAGAAGGGAGAUCAGGAUCUCGAAUCAAGGAAAUCCUCUGAUAUUUCCUUACAACAUGCAAGACCCACACCUUUCUUUAUGGAUCCCAUUUACAGAAAUGUCAACCUUCACUGCAAUCAAAGGCGUUUCACCCAAGAACUCAAAACACAUUGUACCAUAGCAACCCAACGUGGAACCCAAGGAGUAGAGAAAAGAAAGUUAACUGAUCCACUUGAAGCUUUAAAGGAAAAGUAUUUGAGACCAUCUCCAGGGUUUUUAUUUCAUCCACAAUUCCAAAUGCCUGAUCAAAGAACCUGGAUGUCCGCCAUAGAAAACAUGGCCGAAAAGCUGGAAAGCUUCAGCAGCCUGAAACCAGAUGCAGGUGACCUCAUUCAGUCUGUUCCUUCCAUGUUCAACUUCAGAGCCCCUCCCAAUACCUUGCCUGAGAAUCUUCUGCGCAAGGGGAAGGAACGUUACACCUGCAGAUACUGUGGCAAGAUUUUUCCAAGAUCUGCAAAUCUAACUCGUCAUCUGAGGACACACACUGGAGAACAGCCAUACAGAUGCAAAUACUGUGACAGGUCUUUCAGCAUAUCAUCUAAUCUGCAAAGGCAUGUUCGGAAUAUCCACAACAAGGAGAAACCCUUUAAAUGUCAUUUAUGUGAUAGGUGCUUUGGCCAACAAACCAACUUAGACAGACAUCUCAAAAAACAUGAAAAUGGCAAUAUGUCUGGUACUGCUACAUCUUCACCUCACUCUGAACUUGAAAGCACAGGGGCUAUCUUAGAUGAUAAAGAAGACUCAUACUUUACAGAAAUUCGGAAUUUCAUUGGGAAUAGCAAUCACAAUAAUUCUGAGGAAAGAAUGAAUGGAAGUCACUUUAAGGAUGAAAAGACCCCAGUAGUAAGCCAGAAUUCAGACCUUUUGGAAGACGAAGAAGCAGAAGAUGAAGUAAUGAUGGAUGAGGAAGAUGAAGAAAGUGAAAUAACAGGGAAAUCAGUUAAAGAACUUGCAACAAGCAGCAUAUGUGAAGAUCCCACAGAGGGUGACUUUGAAGAAGCAAAUGCAUUGGAAAUAAAUUGCAAAUCUUCUCCUGACAGGUAUAAAGAAGAUGAGUUUAAUAAAACUGGACUUUCUGCUUUGGACCAUAUAAGGCACUUCACCGAUAGUCUCAAAGUGAGGAAAUUAGAAGAAAACCAGUUCAAUGAAACCGAAUUGGCAGCAUUCACCACCUCCCAUUUGCCAGAAGACUUAAAACAGCCAUUGCAUCGCAAGUCCAAAUCCCAGGCUUACGCUAUGAUGCUUUCACUCUCCGACAAGGACUCUCUACACUCUUCGUCCAACAUGUGGCACAGUAUGGCUAGAGCUGCUGCGGAAUCUGGUGCCAUCCAAUCCAUUAGUCACGUAUGACAUUGUCAAUCGUUAACUGGAUUGGGACUAAGUCCGAACUAGCAACAAGGCUCUUUGCUAGAAGACUAAUGACUAAAAAGACUGCAGAGCAGAAUGCCUUAGAAAUCUGACAGGUCACGUUUAAAGUCAGGUGACCUUAAACUCAAUGA